UCCUUCAUGAAGUGCUAUAAAGUUGGUUGGUAUCUAGUCAUUUGUAUCAUUCAGUGUAACAGCAUCUCAGUGAAAACAAUCAAAAUGUUCAAGUCUAUGUUGGUACUCGCUUGCAUCGCGGCCGUGGCUGUGGCUUCCCCCGAGCCUAAGCCGGGCGUGCUGUACAGCGCGGCGUACACGGCGCCCGUGGCGGCGGCGUACACCGCGCCCGUGGCGGCCGCGUACACCGCGCCGCUCGCCUACUCCGCGUACACCGCGCCGCUCGCCGCCUACUCGGCCUACCCCUACGCCUCGCCCUACGCCGCCUACUACCUGCGCAAGUGAUCUGAACAAAGUGACAGCAUGAUCUAAAAUAAAUAAAUAAUAUAUUCAGGAACACAUUA